GCGAGCAGCGGCGGCGCCCCUGUGAGCCGCCAGUGGCAGCAGCCGGGAGUCUUUGUGGCGCGGUCUCCUUCGUGAAGUGAUUGACGGUGAAGAAAAUCAUCGGUUAACGGCGCAAGCUAAACGAUGUCCCUUAGAUCAUGGGCCAAACCAUUUGUAUCUGCUCUCGCGGGACAAUCACCAUUGAUAAUAAGCGCUACUUCUUUAUCCAGAAGCUGGACGAAGGGGGAUUCAGUUAUGUGGAUCUGGUGGAGAGUGUUCAGAAUGGCAAGUUCUAUGCCCUGAAGCGCAUCAUCUGCCAUGACAAAGAAGAUCGCAAAAAUGCGCUUAAUGAGGUGGAAAUGCAUCGGAUGUUCAACCACCCAAACAUCCUGCAUUUAGAAGCUCACUGCAUCAUGGAUAAAGGUCCGAAGUGUGAGGGCUGGCUUCUGCUACCUUAUAUUAAGAACGGCUCAUUGUGGAUAGAACUGGAGAAGCUCAGGGAUACCAAUUGUUUCAUGCCUGAGGAACGCAUCUUGAAGAUUUUCCAUGGAAUCUGCAGAGGGUUGAAAGCCAUCCAUGACAAGGGCUAUGCACACAGGGACUUGAAGCCCACCAAUGUUCUCUUAGAUGACAAUGAGCAACCUGUGCUGAUGGAUCUGGGAUCAAUGAAUAAGGCAAGAAUUGAGGUGAAAGGGUCACGAGAGGCUAUGACAAUCCAGGACUGGGCAGCCCAGCGUUGCACCAUAUCGUACCGAGCUCCUGAACUCUUCAACGUGGCAAGUCACUGUAUCAUAGAUGAGCGCACAGACAUUUGGUCCCUAGGGUGCGUGUUAUAUGCUAUGAUGUUCCUAGAAGGACCAUAUGAUGGCAUCUUUCACAGGGGAGAUUCCGUUGCCUUGGCUGUGCAGAAUGUAAUAACCAUUCCAGAAGGCUGCAGGUACACACAGGCCCUGCAACAUCUGCUAACUUCUACAAUGGUGACUAACCCCCAAGAGAGACCAAAUAUUACCUGGGUCCUGAAUCAGACCAAACAAUUACUGCAGAUAGAAGCCGUCCAGGAGACUAAAUUGGCCUGAUUUCAGUAGCACAGAUACUGCUCAAGUGCUCGGGUUUCUCAGCUAUCAGACCCUGGACGCUGCUGUACAACAUAGCAAAAGCCUACUAUCAGCAACUGUGGCAAUGGACCAGGAUAGGACUUUACAUGUUAAUUUUGCUCCUGAAUUGUUUGUGCUUGGCUCAAAGUUGAAGGACAGGGAUAAAGAAUUGUAUGUUCUUUUUCCUUUCUUUUCCCAAAGGCAAUCAGCUGCUCAUUUUGCUCCAUUACCUCUUCCUGUGCUUUUUCACAUUCGUGCAUUUGAAUCAGUCUUUGUCCACCAAAUCUACAACCUCUUUCUUUCUUAUGUUGAAGAACAUUGGAACAUCCUUAAUAGUUUUACUCCUUUUGACGCAAAAAGGAUGUGUGUGUUGGUAAUUGGUUUCUUGACCAUACAUUGAGUGUGUGUGUUAAUGAGGGUAGAGAUUGCCAUUGCCUGAAAUAAUGUGUUCACCACCUACCUUCAGUCUGUUAGGAAAUAUUUGUCAAUUGUCUUCCUCCAGAAGGAAUUUUAAAUCAUAUCUUAGUAGCCAGGUGGCAGCAAAUUAUCCAAGAUUGUGUAGCAUGUUCUUAACCACGUGUAGCGACCAGCCAGAAUGCAGACUGAGUGAUGUUCUUCCUUCCUUCCCUCCCUCUUUUUGUUUUGCACCCCCCACUCCCAUCCUGUCAUUGUAAGUUUCUUGGGUUGAUUAUAACCAAAAGGUUUGUUGUAAAGCUAUCCCCAAUAUCACUGUAUCUUGGUGGACGGAUGUGGCAGUUGUACUGGAGAGAACCUGUUUACUGUAAUCUCUUUUAAGGCACUGAACUCCUCCCCUUCUGCUGCAAGGCUGGUGCAGUGGUGUUGAUAUUCACUCUGCUUGCUCUUUCAUGAUGCACCGAUUCCAGCUAAGCUGUGCAGAGCUGACAAGUUGGCAAGAAAGUACUGAUAUAGAGGUGGCCUUGUACUUGCACAGUCAGGGGGCUAGAUGUGAUUGUUGUACUGCCAUUUUCAUGCUUGUGACUGAGAGGGCUACCUUGAUAAUCCGAAGUUAUGUCAGCAAUGUGUGUAAUAACUUUUUUUUAAACCUGUCACGUUGCAACAUCACCUUGUCCCUCAUGCCCCCAAACCAGCUUGCAAUGUUCUUUAAAGUAUGCUGUUAAUAUUGCAGUUUGAGCCUCCGAUUCUCUGUAGGUACAUAUUUCUAUCUCCACUAUCCUUUUUGGAAAACCAUCAGGGAGGCUGGUUCAUCCUGACCGUCUUUUUUCAAUGUUUCUCCACUGGCACCCAAAGUUGAACACUUGGGAAUUGCAAACUGGGUCUGCUUCUCAUCAACUUUGACCUUGACCUUCUCAAAAAUAAUUGAAUACCAUCAUCUACUGAUGACCAAAAUACCGUGUGUAUCUUUUGUUGCGUCAUCAAGCUGAAGUUAACCCAGGCUCCACGAACUGCUUAAAUCUCAAAAUUGUUCCUUCCCGUGUCUUCGACAGGAAAUAAAAACUGAUCUGGAAUAAACUGAAUAAAUCUUUUCCUUAGUGCCUCUUUGCCCAUUUAGGGGAUCGUUGAUUUUUCAUUCCAUCUCUCUGGUCAUUUAUUUUAGUGCCAGCUUCCUUACAUCUCUUCAGACCAGUGCAGGGAAAUAAUAGAGGGAAAGAGAUGAUAGAGUAGCUAUAAUUUUCAACCUACAACAUCACAGAAUAGUACAAUACAGAACAAGGCUAUUUGGCCUAUUUAAUCCCGGUCAGCUUUCGAAGAGCACCUGACUGCACCUCAUCAAAGUAGACAAUCCUUUCUGGAAAUAAAAAAUCCAUUCAGUCACCAGCUCAGCACCUGAAGGUUUUUAUUCACUUCUGCAAGUGGCACUGUGAACCCACAAGACCUCUUCAAUGAAAACCCUUUGUCGUGGUUAAUGCUUUGGUUCGCGGGCAGAGUGCAUGACUGGUAUGAUAAUGAUCGUCUUCCUUCCUCUUUUCCACGCCUCUCAACUGUAACAAUUCAAAGCCACAAUGUUCAUGGUGAAUCUACAAAAAUAAAUCUGAAAUAAUUUAAGAAAGAGUGAGGAGAUAGGACUGAUUCCUGUGCUGGAAUUCUUUUCCAGUUUUCCUAACGAGUAAAAGUAACAUUAGAUAAUUAGGUGGCUUCCCACUUUCCCAAUGUGCUUCCCAGCAUGAUACAGUAAAACCACUGAUAAUCAUCACAUAAGAAUUUUGUUCGGACCAUGAUCACACGAAAAAUUCCAGUACUGGAAAGCUAAAUCACCCAAAAUGUUGGCACUACAGUUAGCAUUUCAGGUUGAAACUCCAAGGCCAAAUAGGAACAGCAUAUAAGCAAGUAAUAAAGGUUAAGGAAAUAACAGGGGAAGCCUAUGCCAUCAUACAAUAGUACAGCACAGAAGGAGGCCAUUUAGUCCAUCAGAUUCCUGCCAACCUUUGUGAAAAGUAAUCCAGUUUGUUCCCUGUCCUGCUUUCGUAAUUGGAAUGGGGAAAAUUCUGGGGAUUUUACCAGGUUUACUUUUGAAGGCCACUGUUGAAUCUGUUCGCUAAUUGCAUUAAAUCUGUGCUGUCUGGUGUGGAUCUUCCAGCCAUUACAACUAGUUUUUCUUAACUUGUACCUCCACGAUGUUAAACAUCGCUGUCAUAUCACCUCUGCCUUCUCUGCUUGAAGAAAAACAACCCCACAAUAUGCUAAUGAUUUAGAAAUCAAGUAUCACUUUUUUUUGUGUGUAAACAAAAUGCCGAGCAGUAGAGCACACUUUUCAGAACCUGAAUGUAAACGUAGCUCAGCAUUUGAGAUUUGACCUGCUUUCUGUUCGUCUGUGCUGUGGAGCUGGGGAGGGGAUGAGCAAUUUUGCGUUUGUUGCAUUCUCUGAAGGGGCGUUUUAUGGUUUAUGGUGACAUCCUCCCUGAAUGACUAAUGGGUGUGUAUUAGAUUAUGAGAGGCUUUUUGCCUUUGAGGGAAAGUCCUUGUGAGAGGUAUAAAAAAAACCAGACAGUCAAUAGGUAACACUGAGUCAUAAGCAUUGGACAUGGAUGCAUGUUACCUCUUUAUUCUUUGUGUAGGGAGAGACUUAAUGUAUGGAAUGAACUUUCUGGUGGGACCCUUAAUCGACAUGGACAACCUUUUGUUGGGGUCUCCUUAGUAUCUCUCUUGUGUCAGCUUUGCUUAGUUGGCAGCACCUGCAACUUUGGAGGUGAGCUCUAGCUUUCUAUUCUGUUCUAAAAUCUCAAGCACAUCAUCUAGGCUGGCAGUUCAGAUCGUUUCUGUUGGUUUUGUCCUCCAGAUGUAAAAUAUCUGUCAGCUUAUUGAAGCAGGUUUUGUAACUUCUGACUUUUUAAAGUAACACGAUCAUUUUAAUAUGACUCUGUUUGUUCAGGCAGCUUUAAUUUCAAUAUGGCUGUUGCCUAGCUGGCAACAGCUAUUGCCCCUCCAUUUGUAGUCAGUGAGUUGUUACGAUCUGGAAUGCAGUGAAGCGAAAGGUGGAUGGAUCUGGUUUUAUUAGUACCUUGCAAAAGGGAGUUGGGUCUGUGCUGCUAAAAUAGUCCUGAAAUGGCUGAGAGAAGAAGCAGUAAGUGCGAUUUAAUUGGAUAGGUCUACCAGAGAGCUGGCACAGAUACAGUGGGUCAAAUAGCCACUUUCUCUUCAUAAUGUGGGAGAUGGUCAUCUCAGUUGGCUGUAGGACUGCUUUGCAAUGCAGAGUGAUGCCAACAGCAGGAGUUUAGUGCCUGCACCAGCUGAGGUUGCCAUGAACGUCCUCCCUUCCCUACCUCUCCCCUCCAUGUGAGACAUGGUAACCCUCACGUUAAACCACUACCAGUUCUUCCCACUUCUGCUGUCUCACUAUGGGAGAGCAGCCCAUGGUCUGGUAAAACUAAGGCAACUUUGCUAAUUUUACUCCAUGAAGUGCUGCUAAAUUUGUGAAGUGCUAAUAUAUUCACAGCUAUUUAGCAGUAUUAUAAUAGUAGAUCUUUUUCAGAAACCUGUUCAUGAAUCAAAAUGUUUGAUUAAGGUGAAAGAUCCCAAGAAUGAAGAGAGAGUAAGCAAGCAUGUGCCCUUUGUUAAGCUGAUGUAUAUAUUUUUCCAUUUAGCAUUUUGCAUUUCCUUUGUAAAGCUAGAAUGAAACCAUACCAGAAAAACCUGUCUAAAGUGAUUUACUACAGUUAUGUUUAUCAAGUAAGUUAUUUAUUUAAAUUGCUGUCUAUAGCCCAUCAGCCUUAUCUCAUUUGUUUGGUGUCUGCACAAAAUGACCAUCACAUGCCAGUAUUUCCCUGCAGAAACAUUCAAAAUAAAAGAGGAUGCAAAAUGAA